UGAACAUUAAAUAGCGUGGGUGUAGAUGAACAUGGUACUCUCGUACCUUAAAAGUCAAUGCAUCAUUAAUGGCAACUGAUCAAGCACUUGCCCAAGCAACAAUCUCCACACAGACUAACGUUUUCUGAAUCCCCUCAGAACUCGAUUUUCGAGAGCAAAAUUUCCAACAACCAUGGCCAUCAGCCCUCACUUUCUUGUUAUACCAUAUCCAGUUCUAGGCCACGUGAAUCCCCUCAUUCAGUUGUCUCAGAUUCUGGCCAAACAUGGCUGCAGCAUCACUUUUCUGAAUACAGAGUUCAGCCACAAACGGUUGAACGCCACUGGUGCUGGCCUUGACAACCUCAAGGGAUCAGGGAUAAGGUUUGUGACACUCCCAGAUGGGUUAGGCCCUGAAGACGAUCGAAGUGACCAGAAGAAAGUUGUUCGUUCCAUCAAAACCAAUAUGCCCUCCAUGCUUCCUAAGCUCAUACAAGAUGUCAAUGCUUUAGAUGUAAACAACAAGAUCACUUGUAUUGUUGUGACAUUGAGCAUGACUUGGGCCUUGAAAGUCGCCCACACUUUGGGAAUCAAAGGCACUCUUCUAUGGCCUGCAUCAGCAACUACUCUCGUCUUGUGUGAUUGCAUCCCAAGGCUGAUUGAUGAUGGCGUUAUAGAUUCAUAUGGAAUCCCUGGAAGAAGACAGAAAAUUCAACUCUCCCCAAACAUGCCUUCGAUGGACACAGAAAACUUUCCAUGGCGUGGGCAUGACAAGUUGCACUUUGAUCAUCUCGUGCAAGAGAUGCAGACCAUGAAGUUAGGAGAAUGGUGGCUUUGCAACACGACUUAUAAUCUUGAGCCUGCAGUGUUUUCCAUGUCACCAAGGCUGCUUCCAAUUGGUCCCUUGAUGGCAAGUGACAGCAACAAAAGUUCAUUCUGGGAAGAAGACACGUCCUGUUUGGAGUGGUUAGAUGAGCAACUACCUCAAUCUGUUGUGUAUGUUUCCUUUGGUAGCAUGGCUGUAAUGGACCCCAACCAAUUUAAUGAAUUAGCCCUUGGAAUCGAUCUCCUCGAGAAGCCUUUUAUUUGGGUUGUACGUCCAAAUGACAACAAGGUAAACAUUAAUGCAUACCCUCAUGAUUUUCAUGGAAAGAGAGGUAGAACUGUAGCUUGGGCACCACAGAAGAAGAUAUUAAACCACCCUGCAUUGGCUUGCUUCAUCAGUCACUGUGGUUGGAAUUCUACUGUAGAAGGUGUAUGUGGUGGCACACCCUUCUUGUGCUGGCCAUUUGCCAAGGACCAACUUGUUAACAAGUCAUACAUCUGUGAUGUCUGGAAGGUUGGAGUAGGAUUAGACAAGGACGAAAAUGGAUUGAUAUCAAAAGAAGAGAUAAAGAAUAAGGUUGAGCAAUUACUUGGGGAUCAAAACAUAAAAGCAAGAUCAUUGAGAAUGAAGGAAUUGACCAUGAAUAACAUAUCCAAAGGUGGCCAGUCUUCCAAAAAUCUAGAAAAGUUUAUCAAGUGGGCACAGUAAUAUACUUUGGAUUCGAAGCUGUUAUUUUAUUUUAUUUUAUUUUACUUUUAUUUGAAUGUUCGGAAUUUAUUUCGUAGACAUAUUUAUGUACUA